AUGGAACAUACAUAUCAAUAUGCAUGGAUAAUAACUUUUCUUCCACUUCCAGUUACUAUGUCAAUAGGAUUCGGGCUUCUACUUAUUCCGACAGCAACAAAAAAUAUUCGUCGUAUAUGGGCUUUUCCUAGUAUUUUUUUCUUAAGUAUAGCUAUGGUAUUUUCAGCCAAUUUAUCUAUUCAAGAAAUAAAUGGAAGUUCCAUCUAUCAAUAUCUAUGGUCUUGGACCAUCAAUAAUGAUUUUUCCUUAGAGUUCGGAUAUUUAAUCGAUCCACUUAGUUCGAUUAUGUCAAUACUAAUUACUACUGUUGGAAUUAUGGUUCUUAUUUAUAGUGACAAUUAUAUGUCCCAUGAUCAAGGAUAUUUAAGAUUUUUUGCUUAUAUGAGUUUUUUCAAUGCUUCUAUGUUGGGAUUAGUUACCAGUUCAAAUUUGAUAAAAAUUUAUGUUUUUUGGGAACUAGUGGGAAUGUGUUCUUAUUUAUUAAUAGGAUUUUGGUUCACACGACCGACUGCAGCAAGUGCUUGUCAAAAAGCUUUUGUAACUAAUCGUGUAGGGGAUUUUGGUUUAUUAUUAGGAAUCUUAGGUUUUUAUUGGAUAACUGGUAGUUUUGAAUUUCGGGAUUUGUUCGAAAUAACUAACAACUUGAUACACAAUAAUGGGGUCAGUUCUUCAUUUGCUACUUUGUGUGCCUUUUUAUUAUUCCUCGGUGCAGUUGCUAAAUCCGCGCAAUUCCCCCUUCAUGUAUGGUUACCUGAUGCAAUGGAAGGACCUACUCCUAUCUCGGCUCUUAUACACGCUGCUACGAUGGUAGCAGCGGGAAUUUUUCUUGUAGCUCGACUUCUUCCUCUUUUCAUAUCCAUACCUUACAUAAUGAAUAUUAUUUCUUUAAUAGGUGUAAUAACAGUACUAUUAGGAGCUACCUUGGCUCUUGCUCAAACAGAUAUAAAAAGAAGUUUAGCUUAUUCUACAAUGUCUCAAUUGGGUUAUAUUAUGUUAGCUCUAGGUCUAGGUUCUUAUCGAGCUGCUUUAUUCCAUUUGCUUACUCACGCCUAUUCUAAAGCUUUAUUAUUUUUGGGAUCUGGAGCCAUUAUCCAUUCAAUGGAACCUGUUGUUGGAUAUUCACCAGAUAAAAGUCAGAAUAUGAUUCUGAUGGGCGGUUUAAAAAGAUAUGUUCCAAUUACAAGAACUACUUUUUUAUUAGGUACACUUUCUAUUUGUGGUAUUCCACCUCUUGCUUGUUUUUGGUCCAAAGAUGAAAUUCUUAAUGAGAGUUGGUUGUAUUCACCAAUUUUUGCAAUAAUAGCUUGUUUCACAGCAGGAUUAACUGCAUUUUAUAUGUUUCGCGUGUAUUUACUUACUUUUGAUGGGCAUUUGCGUAUAAAUUGUAAAAAUUACAGUAGUACCAAUAAUAGCUCGUUCCAUUCAAUAUCUUUAUGGGGAAAAGAAGUUCCAAAAAAAGUUGAUAGAAAUUUUCUUUUAUCAAAAAUAGAAAAUAUGGUCUUCUUUUUUUCAAAGGAUAGAUAUAAAAUAUCUAGUAAUCUAAAAAAAAGAAGAUCAUAUACUUUCGAAAAAAAGUACACUUAUACUUCUAUGUAUCCUCACGAAUCGGACAAUACUAUGCUAUUCCCUCUGUUUGUUUUGGUACUAUUUACUUUGUUUGUUGGAACAAUAGGAAUUCAUUUUGAUUAUGGAAUAAUAUAUUUUGAUAUAUUAUCAAAAUGGUUAACUCCAUCGACAAAUCUUUUACAUCCCAAUGUGAGUUAUUCCGUGGAUUGGUAUGAAUUUUUUACAAAUGCAAUUUUUUCGGUAAGUAUAGCUAUUUUUGGAUUAUUAAUAGCAUAUGUUUUAUAUGGGUCUGUUUAUUCAUUGUUCCAGAAUUUGGAAUUCAUUAAUUCAUUUAUAAAAGGAGGUCCUAAAAGAAUUUUCUUGGACAAAAUAAAAAAUAGAAUAUACAAUUGGUCCUACAAUUGUGGUUAUAUAGAUAUUUUUUAUACUAGAGUUUUUACCUUGGGUAUAAGGGAAUUAACCAAACUAACUCAGUUUUUUGAUAGAAAUAUAAUUGAUGGAAUUAUCAAUGGGGUUGUUGUUGCAAGUUUAUUUAUAGGGGAAGGAGUUAAAUCUACGGGAGGUGGACGAAUUUCUUCUUAUCUAUUUUUGUAUUUAUUUUAUGCAUCAAUAUUUUUAUUUAUUUUUUUAUUCUUUUAUAAUUUAUUUUAA